AGAUGGCGGGAGUGGGAAUGGUCGCUAUCCGUGUUUAUGGGACCACCGUUAACAUUGUCCGACUUGAAUUCGGUCAUGUCCGGGUGAACUAUCAGAUAUGGACCCUUCCCAUCAGCCUGGAGAACGGCAAGGUGAGGCUGUCUCAGAGCGGUCUGUCUGUCAUCGUGGAGACAGACUUUGGUCUGACGGUGAAAUACGACUGGCAGGAGUACCUCGUCGUCGAGGUUCCGGGCAGCUUUGCCGGCACGGUGUGUGGCCUGUGUGGCAACUUCAACAGCAAAAAGGAGGAUGACUUCGUGACUCCUUCUGGCUCCCUGGCCGGCGAUGUGGUGGCUCUGGGAGAGAGCUGGAAGGUGUCUGGCUUGUCGGACGACGCUUUUUGUCACAACGAGUGCUCUGGGCAGUGCAAACAAUGCAUGGACAACAAGGUUCAACAAAUAGAGUAUAAAAUCAUCUGCAGCAGCAUUUUAGCAGGGGUCAGAAUAUACUUCCCAGGCUGCCACCCUCUGAUUGACCUCACGGCCUUCCAAAACAACUGCGUGUUUGACCUCUGUAUGGGGAAAGUAAUGAAGACCUACUUCUGUGACAGUCUUCAGAUCUUUUCUGACAUCUGCCAGAGGGCUGGGGUGAAAGGUCGGAACUGGAGGAGCGACACCAAAUGCCCUCUACCCAAGUGUCCAGAGAACAGCCACUAUGAGUUCUGCGGGACUGCCUGUCCUGCCACAUGUGAAAAUCCAGAUGCUCCCUCCCAAUGUAAAGCCGGCUGUGUGGAGGCCUGUGUCUGCGACGACGGCUUCCUGCUCAGCGGCACCAAAUGCGUCCCCAAGGCCCAAUGUGGCUGCACGUACGAAGGCUACUACGUGGAGGCCGGGGCCACCUUCUGGGAGGAAAACUGCAGCAGACUCUACAAGUGCUCCGCCGGUGGACGUCUUUCCACCCAGGAGACAGGAUGUCCAGCUGGCCAUCAGUGCCAGGUGGUGAAGGGUAUCAGAAAUUGCUAUCCUGUGAGCUACGCCACGUGCAUGGUAUCCGGUGACCCCCAUUUUGUGACCUUCGAUGGGGAGCACUACAACUUCCAGGGCACGUGUGCGUAUCAGAUGGCUGGCGUCUCCUCCCGAAAAACGGACUUGGAGCACUUCAGCGUGGUGUUGCAGAACGACGGCCGAGAUAAGAAGCUAGGCUCUGUUGUCAAGCUGGUUGAGGUCAAGGUCUUUAACAACACGAUUGUCAUCAACAAAGAAAGCCCAGGUUUUGUCAUGGUCAACGGUGAGCUUUCCACUCUCCCGAUGACGCUGGACGGAGAGAAACUCAAGCUGUAUACGAGCGGCUGGUUUGCUGUGAUCGAGACCAGCUUUGGCGCGAGGGUGUACUACGACUCGAACAGCGUCGCCUUCGUCAUCGUUCCCAGUUCUUACAGUGGCGCAAUGCGCGGCCUCUGCGGCAACUACAACCGCGACCCCAAAGACGAUAUGCUGACGAGAGACGACAAACAGGCGACCAGCGCCGAGAGCUUCGGUCAGAGCUGGAAGGUCGCCACCAUCCCCGGCUGUGUCAACGGCUGCCAGGGACCCUGCCCGGUCUGUAACAACACCCAGAAAGACCGGUACAAGUCUGACAAGUACUGUGGCCUCAUCGCGGACCCCGCGGGCCCCUUCCGGGACUGCCACUCCAAGGUCAGCUCCUCUGGUUUCCUCGAAGACUGCCUGUACGAUGUCUGUCUUUACCAGGGCAGCAAAAACAUGCAGUGCAAGACCCUGACCGCCUACACGGCCGCCUGCCAGCUGAAAGGGGCUAAAGUGUACCCCUGGAGAUCAGCCCACUUCUGUGAUGCCACGUGUCCAUCAAACGGCCACUACGAGCUUUGUGUCGGUGGCUGUCCAGCGACGUGCCAGGCCUCCUCUGCAGCGCCCGACUGCGGGGCGCCGUGCAUGGAAGGCUGUGCCUGCGACGAGGGUUUUGUCCCGCGGGGAAACGAAUGUGUGCCCCUCGCACGAUGUGGCUGCGUGCAUGAAGGCAAACGCUAUCAGCACGGGCAGGUCUUCUACCCCGACGAGCUCUGCCGGAAAGAGUGCGUCUGUAACGGCACGGUGCAGUGCAAGACCUUUUCCUGUGGGGCAAAUGAAAAGUGCGAGCUGAAGAACGGCGUCCGCUCGUGCCAGCCGUUUGGAAGAGGGGUGUGCUCCAUCUACGGGGACCCUCACUACAGGACCUUCGACAACAGCACCUACAGCUUCCAGGGCACGUGCACGUACACGGCGGCCGAAGGCUGUCACCUGGAGGCCACUCGGCUGAACCCCUUCUCCGUGGUGGUGGAGAACGAGAAGUGGUACGGUCUGUCGGCCGACCCGAGGGUCUCGGUCGCCAAGGUUUUGGCUGUUGAGGUUUAUGGAACAAUCUUGAUCCUGCGCAGGAACCAAAUCGGCAUGGUCACGGUUAAUGGACUUUUAUCUCACCUCCCACUGAGUCUCCUAAACGGGAAGGUGAAGGUUUACCAGGAGGGCAUAAACGACGUCAUCACGACCGACUUUGGCCUGAGGGUGACCUAUGACCUGGUCUACCAUGUUACCGUCAGCGUCCCCGGCAACUACAGGGGCAAGGCGUGCGGUCUGUGCGGGAACUUCAACGGCGACAAGGCGGACGACUUCCGGCUGCCCGACGGCAGAGUAACCAAGGACCUCGUGGCCUUCGGGGCCUCGUGGAAGGUGGGCGUGCCCGGAGUGGUGUGUGACGACGGCUGCAGCGGCGACCGCUGCGUCAGGUGUGACGGCGCCGAGAAAGCCGCGCUCGAGAGGGACUGCGGCGUCAUCGCCGACCCCGAGGGCCCCUUCGCCGCCUGCCACGCCGUGAUAGACCCCGCCUCUUACUUCGCAGAUUGCGUCUUCGACGUGUGCGUGGCAGACGGAAACGCCGGCGUGCUCUGCCGCAGUAUCGGCGCGUACGUGUUAGACUGCCGGGACUUUGGCGUGAAGACCCGGGGCUGGAGAUCCCCAUCCUUCUGCCCGCUACUCUGCCCUUCCAACAGCCACUACGAAAGCUGCGCUCGGCCGUGCACCGCCCCGUGCCCCGGCUUGUCGGCUAUCAUGGCGUGCUCCUCCACAUGUGCAGAGGGCUGUGCCUGCGAUGGGGGUUUCUUCUACAAUGGGACCGGCUGUGUGAGCCAGGAUCAGUGCAGCUGUUACUACGACGGACACACUUACAAGAUCGGGGAGUCCUUCAUGACUGAUGACUGCCAGAAGAUCCACACCUGCCAAGCUUCUGGAGUCGUCCUGUCCCAGAGCAUGACUUGUGACAGCGACGAGAAAUGCCAAGUGAAGAACGGCGCGAUAGGCUGCUACCCUCAACAGUGCGUCUUGGGAGCCGGAGGGACCCUCACUCUCUUCAGCGGUGAGGCGGGAUCGGUCACAGAGCCAGGAUUCUACGAGAUCCUCAAGGUCUUUGACCAGGCGGCGGCGUCCGAUUGGUUCAGGGUGGUGGUGAAGUUCGACCUGUGCGGCACGCCCGCUGUCAACACAGUCAUGGCCGUGUACAUCUUCUUCGACGAGACGGUGAUCGCCAUCAACAACCAGCACGCCGUUUGGGUAAACGGAAGGAAGAUGACCCAGCCCAGCUUCACCAGGGCGAACGUAAACGUGGUGGUCUCCGGCAAAACGGUGACAGUUGACAGCAUUUCCGGUCUUCGGUUGUCCUUCAGUCAGUCCAGCGAGCUUACGAUGACUGUCGGCGAGCAAGUAGCCGAGCGGGUGUGCGGGGCAUGCAGGCCGCUGAGCCCAAGCACAGAAGUUACACAACUCCUUCCCGAAACCAUCGACGUCGUCGGUGGGCUGACCUCUAACCUCCCGCCGCUCAACACCUGGAAGUGGAAAGCUCCGGAUUUCCCUCAGUGUGGAGUGUAAUUUUCAACACGCCCGGAGAUUCCUCACAGCCACGUGUGAUCCGGAUCCUCCGCCAGCGUUACGUUUCUAUUAGGAAUUGUCGAAGACCUCUCCUCUCUGUGGGAAUCCCACUUCACGCCACAUGGAUUUGCUUUUCCACAUUUGUGAGAAUGUGCAAUAAGAUAUUUAUGCCUCGUUACAAUUCUGGAACAAUUUGCUGUGAAAUGCAAGUUUUUGCGCCCGUUAAGCAUGCCAGAGAUGUGACGUCUUCAUUGACAUUUUGCACACUGCAAAAAAUAAAGGAAAAACAACAAUAACAAUAUAACAGUGUAUUUUCUCUUGCUAUUUCACAAAACUGUUCAAUAAACAAUG